UGUGACUGCAGAGGGAGUUAAGGCUCUUCAUCACGGACGGACAGAACCCAAGCUGCGUCCACGCGCCGCUCUGAGAUGGAGACGUCGGCAGCUACAGGUGCCCCAGGGAUGUUUGGCCAUCGGCAGCGCUCGGUGAAGAGGAAGAGGUGGGGAGGCUUGAGGCAGCAGUGGAAACUUCUGGGCUUGUUUGAGAUCGAUGAGCAGCAUGAGUUCUACAGUCUGACCUGUAUGAUGAAGGAAGGGUUGGCUGCAGCCAUCCAAAGCACCAUUGACAACCCAGCUCCAACUGACCUGUCAGACGAGGACUUUAGAUUAGAGCUCACAAAAAUUCACAAGAAUUUUACGAUGGAGACAUUUGCAGGCCCGGUAUUCGCCAGCUUUCGGGGAUCUUUAGGAAUGACAGAACAGGAAUAUCAGCAGUCGCUCUGCUCUGAAAACUGCUACCUCCAGUUCAUCAGCAACUCCAAGAGCAAGGCCGACUUCUUCCUGACAAAUGAUAAACGCUUCUUUCUGAAGACCCAGAACAAAAGAGAAAUUAAAUUCCUUCUGUCCAACCUGAAAAUUUACAUGGAGCACCUGAAGAAGUAUCCUCAUUCAUUGCUGGUCAAGUUCUUAGGGGUUCACAGAAUCUGGAUCCCACGCAGCCAAAAGAAAUACUUCAUUGUUAUGCAAAGUGUAUUUUAUCCAGAUGAUCGAAUCAAUGCCAGGUACGACAUCAAGGGCUGCGAGGUGAGUCGCUGGACUGAGCCCACACCAGAGGGUAGCCAAAUCAUUGUGGUUCUCAAAGAUCUGAACUUUGAAGGGCAGUUCAUCACUCUGGACCGUCAGCGCUCCUGGCUCCUUCAGCAGAUGGAGAUCGACACAGACUUCCUCUGCAGGCUGAAUGUGUUGGACUACAGCCUCCUCCUGGCCCACCAGCCCUUACACCAUGAUGAGCGCCACCAGGGUCUCUCUUUUGCUUCCCUCAUUGUGAGAACCAAAAAAUCAGUAUAUUCAGGAUCCAGCCCUGUGGAUGCCAGCGCGGCUGCUGUUCCUGGAGCUGUCCUAGAAGAUGGCACCAGCCUACCCUUAUCUGAAUCCCAUAAUGGCUUGAAGCUAACGCAAGCUGAAGAUACACUGAGCAGCAGCUCUUCUCAGGCAUGUCCAGAGCAUGCUGGGUCAGGAUGUGAAAUGGCUGAACUUCCAGACUUCAAGGCCCAAAAUCGGCGUUUACUACCCAACUUAAAGAACCCUCUGCACAUAAUCGAUGGCCCAGAGCAGCGCUAUUUCAUUGGCAUCAUUGACAUUUUCACAGUUUACAGUUUUAAGAAGAGACUGGAGCAUAUGUGGAAGAGACUGAGACAUCCCCGCCGAUCCUUCUCCACUGUGAGUCCACAGACUUACUGCGUCCGGCUAUGUCAGUGGGUUCAGGACCACACAAAGUAGACCAAGUCACCACCAAGUCUGCAAGUCUAAUCAGCUCCUCACAUGUAGCAUGACAGCAUUUGUUCCAUUAUUUAAUCCUCAUCCACAACUCUAACCUCAGUAGUGUCUCUCAGAUUACAGUAAAUGUAUGAAGGUAAAAAAAAACUUAUAUUGUAGAAAGAUGGAAGUGGUAUCAAACCAUCUGAUUUGAGCUCAUUAAAUGUCUGCAGGAUG